UUUAAGCUCAGUCUCAUCUGGGAUACUGCCUAGCAACUGGGCACUGUUUUAGUGAAAAGCACGCGAGCCAACGUGCUUUCAGCACACGUUUGCAAUUUUUGUUGGGCUGUGGGCUUUUUUCCAAGCGAAUUGAGUUGAUGUUGCGCUUUUAUACAGACGGUUUUCGAUGUUAGGCACAUUGCAGGACUAGGAAGAUCGCCGCCCUAAAACACCAACAAUGAAAGGGGAAAUAAUAAACUGCCCCACGCACAAGGAUAUUUACUUUUUGGAGACCAACACGAAAUCCGAGAAUACCAAUCUGGCGAAUUUAUUCGCAUCGCCCGCAGGAAGAGAAAUGUUCAAGUACAAACCAAGACCCAAACUUAAACAGAAACUUAAUCCCGCAUUAGAGUUUUUUAUUCAGAGUAAGUCUGCGAAUUCGUCAGGACAAGAUACGAGUCAUAAGUCGACAACAUCGGUUGAUAAUAAAUGUUCAACGUCUGCUUCUUCGCCAGCUUCCGAAGGCUGCAGGAGCAGGAGGAGUAGUAUAGAUCUAUACGAAGAGGCCGCUUCGAUAUUAGGCCUCACUUGCUCACAGACUGAUGACUGCAAAUGUAUAGAAUGCCAGUGCCAUUACUUCGACUUCGAGGAGGAUAUCGAUUAUCCAAGCAGCGAAUGUGUCGUCGAUCACAGUUCGUCUUGUACCAUUCAAUAACGAAUAAAUUAAGGCUGAUUUACCGCGUUUUUGGUUCGUAAUCGAGGCAUGAAGAUUUUAAGUGUUCCACGUCUUUCACGUUAUUUUAACAUACAUAUUCUAAAAAAAUUAUUCUUGUAUUGUACAUAAAACACUGAUCUGUUCCAACUAACACACUCGUUGUAAGAUUGUUCAAUUUUUUAUAUUGUAUAAUCGCUUGAACAGUCUGUUGUAAAUACUGUUUGUAUAACUAUCAACGAUUCUAAAUAUGCUCUCAUUGUUUUAAUAAAGCUUAUUUUCGUCGUU